GCGCGACGACGCCAGGCAGAGCUGGAUGGCAGUGUCGGCAGGAGCCAAGAAGGCGGGGACCGACGCGCUGCGGGCCGCUGGUGCUGACGUUACGGACGACGACGUCGCGGGCCUCGUCCUGAAGGUGAGGUCGACGCUGAACGCGGGGCCGGCCCCCCGUUCGAAGCUGGACGAGGCACGACGACUGGAGGCAGCGCUGGACCCGGUGGCCAUCCGCCUGGCGCUGGGGAGCCCGGAGGUCCCGGGCUCUGAGAUGGCCGAGGCCCUCUGGGGGUUCACAAAGGCCGCCACGCACGCCACGCAGGCGGAUAGCCGGAUCAGGAGAGUGGCGACCGACACCGAUGGCUGGGAGAGGAUCGCGGAUCGGAUCUGGGCCCGUGCAGUCGGCGACGACGGCGGCACGCUGCCCACCGACUGGCUGCUGCACCUGGGCAUAGGGCUCCUCCUGUCCAGCCUGGUGGUGGUGCUUGGGGCCGACUCCGGGCGGCACCGCCUGGCAGGCGCAGCUGUAGGGCUGUGUGGCACCGUCCUGCUAGUACGGCGCGUGCCCGAGCGUGUGGUUGCCUGGUGGGCACGCUGGAGGCGGCGCUCGGCCUUCGCCGCGGCGCUGAGCAGCGGCGGGGACGGCUUGGACGUGACCGCCGCCGAGGACGACAACGCGGCCUGGGACGCGCCGGGGGCCCCGACGACCAAGGGGGGUGGCUCGGGGGCCGCGGAGGUACCUACUGGCCCGCUGCACCCCCCGGGGCUGGCAGCACUGCCGCCGUCGCCGUGGGCCCCACCUGCCGAAGGCGUGGGCGCGGGCGCCGCGCCGGCAAAGCCCGGCUCGCAGGACCUGGCGGCGCUGCGGGCGUUCGGCCAGGGGUCCGAGGUGCCAGGCCCCUUCAGCCAGACGGCGGCCCUGCAGCAGCAGCAGCAGCAGCCACAGCCGAGCCCAGAGGUAGGCGUGCCAACGUCGGGGCUCAGCUUCCACGCGCCCCAUGCUCCUGCAGACGCGGUGAAGCUAGGGCGCGAGGUCCAGAUGGUGGGCGCCACGCUGCGCGAGUUCCAGGCGCAGGCGACCACGAACGUGCACUGGGCCUGGCACUUCUGGGAGAGAAUCGCGGCGGUGGAUGGCUCCAUGGGGCUGCACCCUGACCUCCGUCGCGCGCUGCAGACCCACGGCUACGUGGGCGCGGGAACGAAGUCCCCGCCAGGAGGAUCGCUGCAGCAGGAGCUGGACGCGCUGCUCUCCUCCUCCACAGCGCCGCACGGCGGGGGCAUGCACGCCUCCCCUGGGUGGGCCGUGGCCCCGGUGACCCAGCAGCAGCAGGAGGACAGCCGAUGGAACCUCAGUCUCCCGCCGGACCUGCGACGCGCGGCGCCGGAGAUCUACCGCACCAUGCGGGGCGCUGGGGCGGCUAGCGCUCGCGACUGGCUGUCGCAGGAAGUGACGGGCCAGCGACGCACGGCAGUCUGGACCGACCUGUGGACUGCCGCCACCAACGUGGACUACUUGCUGGGCGGGUGCAGGACCCAGUCCGAGCUGCUCACCCGCCUGGCGUCCGACGACGCGCUGGAGCUGCACCUGAGGCGGCUGGCGAGCUACGUCUACGAGAUGCGGACGAAGGACAGGGUGGGUGCGGCGGCCAUGCUGGCUGUGCGCCCGCCCGGGUCGGCCGCCGACUUGGCUCCCACAUGGCUGGUGACCGAGGCCACGACCCACAGCAAGGCUGAGCACCAGCGUGACGAGAGGGUCCACGCCGCCAGCAAGCACGACAGCCGAGGUGCCCCGCGUCUGCGGGUGCAGCCUAGAAUGCCAGUGGCGGGUUUGCCUGGCUCGCUGACGCGGGCCCUGCAGUGGAAGGAGGCCGAGGCCAGGUUGAGGACGCGCUGGGCUCGACGCAUGCGUGCGUGGCGUCGGGCCUGUGGGCUCAUCGAGCUCACGAACGGGAUGGACCGCGGAUCCCUGGAGGCGAGACCAGCGGGCCAGCGUGAGCCGAGCAACGACGACAUGAUGCUGGCCUGGCAGCUCGUGCAGCAGUAUGCGUUGCAGGACGCAGCGCGGCACGAGCGCGACUGCCGGGGGCUUGCCCCGACAGGCGGUCAAGGGACGGAUCUUGCCUGCGACAGAGGACCGCAGGAUGCCUACACAGGAGAGCGCAAGGGUGCGAGCAGGCACGUGAUGAUGUGCGCCGCGGCGGUUGCAGAACCUCCCGACGAUAUGGUCGUGGACCUGCUGGAGGCGCUGCCUGACGGCGAGCGCCAGUACUACUCGGACGAGCUGAACGUUCUGGACUACAGCGGCAAGUCGGGGGUCCUCUUCGAGGAGCUGGAGGAGCGACAUGUGGACGACGUCCAGGCCUACUGCGGGUUCAGUUGCGUGCCCAAGAAGGACCCCACCAAGCAGCGGAAGGUCCUGAUGAUGUGUGCCAGCAACUACGUGUGGGCCGACCCCCACCAGCGCGGAGACCACGGGAUGCACGGCGGAGCGGCCAUCGCCUCCAUGUGCGUCCCGACGGACGAGUGGGGCGCAGCAGCGUUCGACGAGGACAACGCCUUCACCCGCCUCCGCGUCCCCGCCUGGAUGGCCAAGUGGCAGGCUUGCCCGCCGAUCCGCGCCUGCUGGGCGCGGGGGAAACUCAGCCAGCGUCUGCGCGACAUGGUGGGGCCGACGGGCUGGAUAGCCCCCUGCUACCACCGCCUGGCCAUGGGCGGCUCGCACUCCGCGCACCUGCUCAUGACGGUCAACAUGGCGAUCAUCGGCAGGGCGCUACUGGGCGUGGGCGCGCGCUUGGGGGCGCUCGCGGGCGCCGCGGCGCCCGCCGAGGGCGGGGCCAGCGGUGCGCCGCGCGCCUCGCCGCCCGAGGACGGGGGGCUGGAGGCGGACGACCGGGGGGAUGCCGGACCUGAGGGCGCUCAGCAGCAUCGCUACGACGACGACUGGCUCGGGCAGCAGUCCAGCUGCCGUGCCGCGCCGCCUAGCCCGUCGGGCUACAGCGUGGCGGAGUGGCUAGAGGCGGUGAGGCGGGCGAAGCGGGACGACGAGCGCGUGAUGGUGGCGAUGCAUCUCUUUGCUGGCCGUCGGCGGCGUGGUGACGUUCAGGAGGUGGUGGAGAGGCUGGCGAAGGAGCGGAGCCUGAGGGUGCUCUUUCUUUCCGCCGAUCUCCUUGACGACCCGCGGUGGGACCUGGCCAACCCCCCCACCUUCUCCGCUUUGAUGGAGCUGUGCGAAGGCGGCUGGGUGGACAGCGUGCUGGGCGGCCCGCCCUGUUCGACCUGGUCGCGGGCACGUUACAAUCGUCGCCGACCCGGGCCGCCGCCAGUGCGCUCGCGGCGGUGCCCCUGGGGGCUGCCAGGUCUCAGGGCCUGGGAGGCCGCUAGAGUCGCGGAAAGUAACACCCUGACGCUGAACUUGUUGGCGCUCUGCGAGGCGUGCGGCCAGAGUGGCGGCGCCUUCCUCAUCGAGCGCCCGGAGGACCCAGGGCAUGCGCCCUACCCAUCCAUUUGGAACACGACGGAGAUGCAGGACUUCGAGACGAGGCGCUCGUCUCAGAGAGCGUGCCUGGACCAGUGCAUGCUGGGCGGACGGACGAAGAAGCCCACAUGCCUGAGCGGCACGCUGCAGGGACUGAAGGACCUGGAUGAGCUGCGGUGUGACGGGCCCCAUGCCCACGAGACGGCCGAGGGCAAGUUGGCCGACGGCACCUUCCGCGCGAGCCCACUGGCCCAGUACCCCGAGGGGAUGUGCGAAGCGCUGGGCGCCUUGAUUGUCCAGACCCUGGCCAUCUUCGAGCAGACCGGUUUGGGCGGCACCGGGUGGCGAAGGCCGCCGGAGGCCGACAGGUCGGUCACCGCCUGGAGCUCGCGGAGCACUACGGCACCAGCGGUGGCCGUGCGGAACGAGGACGUGCUUCGCGGCCGUGGGCUGGUGCUGGGCGGGCCGCAGAUGGCCUUCUACCUGCGCGUCGACGACGGGGUGGUGAUGGCCGGUGGCAGCGGCUGUGGCCCACGGGCCACUGGGAAGAUGCACCAGCUCGCGGAUGCCCUGGCCGAGGCCGGCUUCGUGGUCACCGACCGCACGGAGGCUAACGACAUGCAGAAGGUGCUGGGCUACGCACCACAGGCGCGCCCAGCGCAGCUGCGCUUGCCCCCGAAGAGGACGCGGGAGCUGGUGCGGCAGCUGGAGGAGAUGGGCGCCACCCGCACCCUCCACGCCGAGGAGCUGCGCUCGCUCUUGGGGGUGUGGAUCUGGGGCGCUCUACUUCGGAGGGAGCUGCUAUGCAUACCCGGCGCCGUCUUCAGGCUCCUGGAGAGGCACCCGCACCAGCGGGUGUGUACCUGGGCGACCGUCCGCAGGGAACUGCGAGCUAUGGCUCAGGUAGUCCCGUUGAUGCACGCCGACCUGGGAGCCCCGCCAGCUCCCGUGUAUUUCGCGGCGGACGCCAUGGGCGCCAACGUGGAGGACGACGGCGGCUGGGGCAUCCUGGUGACCGACAUGAGCGAGGACAUCGCGAAGGACUUCAUCGACGCGGGCGGCAACUUGGGCUACACCGUGGCGCGGCUGGACGGCGAGCUCACUGGAUUGCGACGGCCCGAGCAGGUCAUCCGACGGACGAAGCCCUUCAGCCUCCUGCCCGAUCGCGUGUUCAAGCCCGACGAGGACUGGACGAUCGUGGGCGCGGGGAGGUGGCGGACGGCCGACCACAUCACGCUGGGCGAGGGGCGCUGCGUCGUGAAGAUCAGUAGACUGGCGGCCGCCACUCCGGCCCUCCACCGCGCCGUGCUGCCGAUCCUGGAGGACAACCAGCCAGUCUCAGGCGCGGUGUGCAAGGGCAGGAAGCUGGACAGCACUUCUGCUGAGAAGGUUAAGCCGCACACCCUGGCGGCUUACAGGGCAGCGGCUAUGAAGUUCGUGACCUACCUGGACGAGCACGGCUUCGUCCCCGACGGGCCCGAGCAGUGGGACGACCUGCUUGUCGAGUACAAGAACGACAUGCAGAUGACCAAGUGCAAUUUCGAGUACGCCGUCGCGGCGGUGGACAUCAAGGAGGCAGGACGGUGGCUCACGGAGUCCAGCCUCCGCAUCUACGUGGGCGUUGUCACCGCCUCCAGGGUCCUGGCUCAGGCUGAGCAGCGAGGAAUCGCACCGCUCAUCCGCGAGGCGGCCGAGAAGCUGCCCAACUACUUCCCGGAGGGCAUCUUCGGCGAGGGUGAGGGCAUCCAGCAUGACCAGGACGGCUCCUGGGUGCUGCCUGCGGGGGGGGUCCUUCCAGCGCCGCUGGCGGGGGGCCGCCGGGUGGCCUCGCCAGCGCCCCGAGCGGCGCUAGCCCAGCCGCCUGCGCCAGCACUAGGCGCACUGGUGGAUGGGCUGCUGGCGGGAGUGACGUGGGCGGCGGUCGCCGCGAUGCUGAUCGGGUGGCGCUACAUGGCCGGGCCGCUGACCCACGUCGGGACCAUGAUGGGCGUCGUGGCCAGCGUAUCUGUCUCGGCAGGCAAAGUGGUCGACAGCAGCCUUGGGGCAGUCAUCACGGCGGCACAAGGCGUGUCAGACUUCGCCGUGACGUCGCCCCGCAGCUCGGCGAGCCUCCUGCAGGAGGCCUGGCGCGGAGUGGACAUCACCAACCUUCACGUCCGCCAGCGCCACGCCGAGCGGCUCGCGGACGACCCCGAGAUCUUGCAGGCCUGGAUCCAGCGCGAGUUCCUGACAGGCGAGCCCCGACCGCCUGGAGCCGAGCAGGUCGCCACCGCGAUCUCUGAGGCUUCGGUUGCCAUACCUCACAUGUCGGAGAGAUGGCAGAUAAUGAUCUGGCCCAGUCAAUACCGCGAGCUGCACAUGACACUCGGCCUGCUGCCGUCAGGUUUCUACGGAGUCCAUAUGGUCGAGCGAAUCGUGGAUUUCACGGUCCAGUGGAGCAACCCAGUGUGGAGCAGCCUCGACUGUGACAUCAGCUCUGAGAGAGAUACAGUCGUGGCUCACAUCAACUCCACUUUGGCAGGGCUCCCGCUCCCCGAGAUCCGCUACAUGUCCAUGACUGAUCGUGAAAUCCAA